AUGGGCUUUGAGAGCGAUGGGGAGAAUGUCCUGCUGUCCUGCUCUGACUCUGUGGAUCAGCUUUCUGCUCUCACUCACACAGACUCAGACAGCCUUAUGAGCAGCCUGCUGUUCCGCACUGUGGCCACUGGGGGCGGCGACAUUAUUCAGAAGCAGCACUCUGAGCAGGACGCCAACUUCGGACGAGACGCAUUUGCAAAGGCUUUGUACGAGAGGCUGUUUGCGUGGAUUGUUGGCCGCAUCAACAGCAUUAUCAGAGUGAAAAACUACAACCCAGGGGUUCAUGGGAAAAACACAGUCAUCGGAGUCUUGGACAUUUACGGAUUUGAGAUUUUUGACAACAACAGUUUUGAGCAGUUUUGUAUAAACUACUGCAACGAGAAGCUGCAGCACUUGUUCAUCGAGCUCAUUCUGCAGCAGGAGCAAGAGGAGUACCAGAGAGAAGGCAUCGUCUGGGAGCAUAUCGAUUACCUGGAUAACCAGCCCAUUGUGGACCUGUUAGAGCAGCCACACAGAGGGAUCAUCUCCAUCCUGGAUGAGGCCUGUCUGAGCGUGGGCAGAGUGACCGAUACUGUCUGUCUGCAGAGUAUGGACUCCAAACUGAGCCAGCACCCACACUACAGAUCCAGACAGUUAAAUCCAUCGGAUAAAAGCCUGGAAUUUCAGAAGCACUUCCGGAUCCAACACUACGCCGGAGAUGUCACAUAUUCUAUUGAAGGUUUCUUGGACAAAAACAAGGAUCUGCUUUUUCAGGAUUUCAAACGCCUCAUGUUCAACAGCUCCAGCUCGGUGGUGCAGCAGAUGUGGCCUGAUGGUCAGAUGAACAUCACAGAAGUCACCAAACGUCCUCAAACCGCCGCCUCGCUCUUCAAGAACUCCAUUGUGGCUCUGGUGGACAGACUGGCCUGUAAGGAGCCUUAUUACGUGCGCUGUAUCAAGCCAAAUGAGCUGAAGUCGCCAGUGGUGUUUCACGAUGCACGCUGCAGACACCAGGUUGCGUACUUGGGUCUGCUGGAGAACGUGAUGGUGCGGCGAGCCGGAUUUGCUUACAGACAGCCCUACGAGCGCUUCCUCCAGAGGUAUAAGAUGACCUGUGAGUACACGUGGCCGAACCACCUGAUGGGCAGUGACCAGGAAGCGGUGAAGGCCAUCGUCACGCAGCAUGGCUUCGAACAGGACGUGGAGUUUGGUCACACCAAACUGUUUGUGCGCUCUCCACAAUCCCUAUUCAGCCUAGAGAAGGAGAGGAGUCACCUCAUACCCAUCCUGGUGCUUUUUCUGCAGAAAGUGUGGCGUGGCGCUCUGGCACGUCUUCUCUGUAGGCGAAUGAGAGCUGUGUACUGCAUCAUGCGCUCAUACAAAUGCUACAAAGUGAAGGCACACUUCUGGGAGGUAGAGCGGCGCUUCGCUAACGUCAGGAGUUGGCCUGACUACGGACGCAGUGUGGAGUGGCCCGAGCCGCCCGCCGCACUGAGGGGCUUCCACAAGAUCACCGUCAGUCUGUACAAGAGGUAA